ACCACCAAACUACGCCGUCACUACGUUUACCAUAUUACGUUUAUUUCCAUUUUGACACGUACGUUUCGCGAUCACGUCUUCUGCAUACGCACAUCGAGAAGUCUAAAAAUCGACGAAAAUGAUUACACUUUGGGCUUUCAUUGUGAUGGCAUUUCUUUGUAAUUGGAUGCUCGUGUCUUCCUCGAUAUUGACGCCACUCCAGGACGAUAGUAACCUGAGAAUCUUCAAGGAAUCGCCGAAUGACUUUGAAUAUGUGAUAAAAAGACGUGGCAUCGAUGAACGUAAAGAAAAUACUGAGAGACGCAGCACUAUGGGUUCUUCCUUCAUUAGAUUCGGACGCAGUCAGUCUGCCUUCAAUCUCGCCGAUAAUUCCGUCUUCGAUGAAGAAACUAAUUCGAUGGUCAGCAGGUAUCCCCGAUGGAAGUCGCCGGAUAUUGUGAUCAGAUUCGGACGAUCUAACUUCAAAGCUAUCAACGAUGGACAACUCAAACGUGGACGAAAUGAUCUCAAUUUUAUCAGGUUUGGUCGUAAUGUACAAGUUGUGCCGGCUGAUCUCGAUUUAUCUGCGGUGUGUUCGGCGCUUGUGUCGAACAUCGUGGUCAGCGAGACGAAAUUAUAUCCAGACAUAUCGAGGUUACUCCGUCUUUGCAACGGCCAGAACAAGAUAAUCGAUGAAAUCAGUUUGGACGCCUCAGAACAUCAGGAUAGCCCGAAUCAUCAUGAGUAAACCAGUCUGCUUGCUGUUAUCCGAGCUCGUCCGAGAUCCGAGAUCGUUCCAUGCGGAUUUGUCCUG